AUGCGGUAUACACACCUCUUCCAGAGCCCACCGUCGCCUUCUGAUGCAGGUCUCAUCAAGGCAAAGGCUGGGCCGUUGGCCGUGAAGAAGCCUCGGCUUCCAAACUCCCGUCAUCAUCACAUCCGCAAGACAUCCAUUUCUACCGGAGCAAGCUCCAUAUCAUCUGUUGAGCAGGCACCAGCAGCAGCCGAGAAGAAGAAUGUGAUCAACAAGGCCAUGCCCUUGAUGAAGGAGGAGACCAUUGCCGAGACGGACGCUGAGGCCGACGACAGUGGCAUCGACGUCAAGGAGGCCACGGCUGUUGAGAAGAAGCCUGCAUUGCCUCGUCUCAAGGCGUGGGAGUCGUAUCUGCACUGGCUCUGCCUCACCGAGGAGCCCGGCACGUUGUGGACUUCUGCCCUGUGCGCGGCCUUCCAGGAGUGUCUGGCGGUCGACACAUCGUACCCAGUCAAGGCGUCCGAGUGUGCUUCUCGUAUUGACGACAUUUACUGGAGCUUUUACCUACCUCUCGACCCCUUGCUGUCCCACAUGGAGGAUCGGAUCCUUUCUGGGUAUCUCCUCCACGUGUGGACCAUGUUCAUUGAGCUGGGCAAGAGGAUCCCUUACAAUGAUGAAGGGCAGGAUAGGCUGGUCGAGCUGCUCAAGGAGCUUGUUCACCUCCCGCCAAUGGAGGUCAGGACCUGGGAGGGUAAUGAUGCGCCGUGGUCUGACCUCCCAACACUCGACGAUGCUCUUGUAGGAGCCUGGGAUGAUCUCUAUGACCCAGAGAACCAGAGUUCAAACCCUGAGGGCUCUUGGGUAAACUACUUCGCCUUUCUCGGUCGUUUGGUGGCAGCCGAAGUGACUCCAGACUGGUGGGAAAUUCCAGCGACCACGCUCAAGGAAGUCCUCUCCGAGGAGAGCAGCCCGACACCUCUGACCAGGUUCAAGACAAUGGCUGUGGCCGAGUUUAUGAACCAGGCGGGAGACUCGUUCUUCGAGUGGUGCAUCGACUCGGGGGCUCUGGAUGUCAACAAAAACAUGAACGUUAUCGUCCCCCUGACUAAGAACCCCGUCAAGCUUGACUGGUUCGACCGCCGCAGGUCUAAUGCGAAGGAGACCAAGGCACUAGGCUUGUAGACGUGGUGGACAUAAUCCUGAGACUUACAUGCUGGAACUGACUUGGGGUUGAUCCCUGAGAUGGGAGAGCAAUGCGUCGCGCUGGGCCGCCACUGUCUCUCGCUUGUAAAUACAACAUAAUGAAAGUAGAUCUAUGCAUAUAAUCAUAAAGUUAAACG